ACAAUGGAAUUCUAUACAACAGAUUGGUUUUGCGGAAAUCGGUAAAAUGAUUCCAUUCAUUGAUUCAAGAUAUACAAUGUCUUCUAUAAGUUUACAAAUGGCGAUCACACCCUUGGACUUAUGUGCAACUGCAGUUGGUGAAUAAAUACAAUAGAAACACACGUUUGAUUACUUGAUUACAAUGCUUCUCCUUACGUCAAAUAUCUCUAACAAUCACUCUUGAGCAGUCUCUGCCAUGCUAUACCAAUUCUGUAGGGUAUUCCAUAUCUCUACAGCCCAACCGAAUGCUAUUUAGAGAUUUCACAGAUAGCUUUCUACUGCGAAGGCUUUCAGAAAACUGAAGGAAAAUGCUUAGACUUGUUACCAAAGCGCACAGUUCAUGGUCUGCAACAUCAUAAAUUUCACAGCUCCAAUUGAGUAUCCUAUCACUCUUGACUCUUCUAAAACCACCAUCCAAGACCGCUCUGAUAUCCCCUCAAAGACAGAAUGGUUGUAGCUCUCAAUGAGAAAAAAGGAUGCUCAGGUACUUCUUGGCGACAUGGGAACUGGAAAAACAAGUUUGGUACUGAGAUUUGUCAAAGGCCAAUUUUUCGAUUUUCAGGUGCAGCAUUCUUCUCUCAAACGAUAUCUUUAAAUGAAGCCACUGUGAAAUUUGAUAUAUGGGACACGGCAGGACAAGAAAGAUAUCAUAGCUUGGCUCCCAUGUAUUAUCGUGGCGCAGCUGCAGCUGUUGUUGUUUAUGAUAUUACAAGCAUGGACUCAUUUCUUCGUGCUCAAAAAUGGGUUCAAGAGCUUCAAAGACAAGGAAAUCCAACUUUGUUUAUGGUGUUAGUUGCUAAUAAGGUUGACCUUGCAUCCAAGAGAAAGGUGGAAGAAAAGGAUGGGGAGACUUACGCUCGAGAAAAUGGAUUGCUUUACAUGGAAACUUCGGCAAAGACUGCACAAAAUGUGAAUGAGCUCUUCUAUGAAAUUGCAAAACACUUGGCGAAAACUAGCCCCUCUCAUCCUACUGGGAUGAAGCUACACAACAAUACUGAGGACAAGGGAAGAAGAAUAUUUUGUUGCUCAGCAUGAAAGCACAAUCACUUUUAAAACACAACUAUAAAUCAAAGAGAAAUAAAUUUGGUUGUACAUAAUUGAAAAUUGUGCAGAAUUUGUUCCCUUUUUUUACUGUGUUACAUUGAUAUUCUAGGCUCGAAAUCUGUUUUC